AUGCUGGCCUGUCUGCCAGGGCCAGGUGACCUCCCCCUCCAGCUUCUCCCCCACACGCAGAUGAACACUGGACUUCAGAAAUGGGACACCACACAAAGGAUGAGAUCCACUCCGUUCCCAACCCCUGCAGAAUUGGAUGCCUAUGCUAAGAAAGUUGCCAACAACCCCCUCACCAUCAAAAUCUUCCCCAAUAGUGUCAAGGUCCCGCAACGGAAUCACGUCCGGCGUACCGUCAACGGACUGGAUACAUCGGGCCAGCGCUACAGCCCUUACCCGUCCUCUCAGGCCAACGCCAAGACUGGCCUCCUCGCCAUCGUCAAGGUACCCGCCGUCAAGGGCAUCCUGAAAGAUUUCGCUGGCAGCCGGGCUCGUCUGCACCCCGAAGUCAUCAUGAACCACCUGAGCGGACCUUACCAAGUGGCUUCGACCAGCACUUUAAACCACCCUCACCCGACUCUGCCCAACCUUCCAAGGCCUCAGCAGAGCUUAGCCCUGAGUGCCCAGGACGCACCUCAGAAUCUACAAAUGUCGCUGGCUCAGCAGCAGAGCCUCAGACACCCUCUUUCUAUGGCCCAGCAUUCUCAGGGCCUACCUAGACUGCAGACUGUCUCUCAGCACUCGAGCCUCGGCCACCCGCAGGUCCCCUCUUCUCUCCUGCUCCAGCAGCAGCACCUCCAGCAGCCGCCCGGUUCCCAGGAGAGCAGAAAGCUGCCGGAAGGCGACGCGCCGCCCAAUGUGACCGUCUCUACCUCAACCAUUCCACUCCCCAUGGCCACGGGGCUGCACCACAGCCGCCAGCCGGACCUGAGCACCAUCGUUCACCAGAUCAACCAAUUCUGCCAGGCUCGGGCCCAAGGCGCCGGAUCGGCCUCCGUGUGUGAGGGUCAGAUCGCCAACCCAAGCCCCAUCAGUCGCAACCUGCUCAUCAGCGCUUGCUCCAGAGUAUCCACGCACAACAACCCCACCGUCGCCGGUGGUUUCCAGCCGCACAACUGCAUCCUCGGCCCUCAAGAAAAAGCAACUAUCCCGGUGGGAGCCCACCCUUUACCUAGCGUGACCAUGAACCACUUGCCUUCCAACCACACGGAUCUCAAGCAGCCGCAGCACCCUCAACAGCAUCUGCACCUAAAACCCAAUCAGCAGUUGCAACACAAGAUGCGCUCUUGGAAUCAGCACCAGUUGAGUCACGUGCCACAUAUUCCGAACGGUUGCAAGCAGCCCGGCAGGGAAGCCGCCUUCCACUUUAAAGGAAUGGGUUACCCUGCGGACAUGUGCGCGGGGCAGCCGUACAUGCUGAAGCCCCCUCUGGAGAAACCCACUCCCUCACCACCCGUCAACAAUAACGGCAUGACGGGCCCCGUGGCCCAUUACCCAAACGGUCACUACUUCCAAUCGCACGUUUGGAACAGCGGCAUCCUCCCAACGCCCAACAGCGACAGCUCCGGCUCUCAGGACGUAGCCAUGCCAUUCCACGGGGCAGGCCCAGGGGCUUGCGCCGCACUCGACUGCGGGCCCCCGGGGGCUCCCCAUUACAGGCUACUGGCCAGCUCCUCUGCCCAGACUAAUCUGAUGCAAACCGCAGAUUACAUGGGCGGGGACUUCCAGACGCCCUAUUUCCGCGAUCAGAAUCUGGGGUUAAUAGGCAAGAUGCACAGGCCCCCUGUGAGCGGGGUGGGGCCGGAGCUCGGGGAUGGUAGGGGCGCUCUCGUCCAGCAUCCAGGGUACAGAUAA